AUGGGUGAUGAGUAACACAGAUAUGUUCAUUAAGGAACUGGCGAACACGAUUACAAUGAUAAUAUAACAGAUAUAUAAGAUAGAACGAUAUAUUAUGGACCAAAUGAUCCUACCAUAAGUGAUGAUUAAAAAGAUGGUAAAUAUCAUGAUUUCAAUUAUGAAUUUGGAGCUAAUGAUUUUCAAUAACUUUGUAUUGAAUUAAUGGAUACAUAAGAAUAUUCUGAUAAUUAAAUUUAAAAUCAAGAAAAAGACUUCUUUAAGUGA